AUGACAGUGGACUGGUGGGGCUUCGCUUAUGCUGCAGCUCUUGCUCUGGGGGGAUUCAUGGGAUAUAAAAGAAAAGGGAGUGUGGUGUCAUUAAUCGCUGGACUCUUCUUUGGAAGUGUGUCUGCAUACGGAGCCUUUCGGAUAUCAAAUGAUCCACAGGAUUACUGGACCUCUUUAAUGUCUGCUGGCGUACUUGCAGUUGUGAUGGGAAUGAGGUUCAGGAAAUCUGGGAAAUUAAUGCCUGCAGGGAUCAUGGCAGCGCUGAGCCUCCUGAUGGUUUUCCGGAUUCUGAUCUUCUAAGUGAUCACUGGGACCUUCCAGACAACAUGUACUGAACAGCUGCGAUGUUCAUUUCACAUUAUUAUAACUGUAUCUUGUACAUUCCAAAUAAAUCUGUCCAUGUUCGCGUGUCAGUUUUAAUAAAGAAGCUUGUAAGUUA